UUUGAUUGACUUGGCAGGAUUUGGGGCUAAAGGACGUAGGAGUCACUCCGCGGGGCAGGAAACGCGACUUGAGUUUUAGGGUUGUUUUAAAUAAAAAAAUAGUGCACGAUGUUUUCUCGAAUUGCUAGACCUGCCCUUUCUCUCAGUAGAAGCUUCUCCACGUCUGCACAGAAAGAUGCAAAAGUAGCAGUUCUAGGGGCAUCUGGUGGUAUUGGUCAGCCUCUUUCCUUACUGCUGAAGAAUAGCCCACUGGUGAGCCAGUUGUCUCUAUAUGAUAUUGCGCACACCCCUGGUGUAGCUGCAGACCUUAGUCACAUCGAGACAAGAGCACAUGUCACAGGCUAUAUUGGUCCUGAACAGCUGGGUGAUGCUUUGAAAGGCUGUGAGGUGGUUGUGAUUCCUGCAGGUGUCCCAAGAAAACCAGGAAUGACCCGUGAUGACCUUUUCAACACCAAUGCCACUAUUGUGGCCAACCUGUCUGAUGCCUGUGCUCGUCACUGCCCAGAAGCAAUGAUCUGCAUUAUUUCCAACCCGGUGAAUUCAACCAUUCCAAUUACAUCAGAGAUUUUCAAAAAGCAUGGCGUAUACAACCCCAACCGAAUCUUUGGCGUGACCACACUGGACAUUGUUAGAGCAAACACCUUUGUCGCAGACCUGAAAGGCCUUGACCCAGCUCGAGUGAAUGUACCUGUGGUUGGUGGGCAUGCAGGGAAGACAAUCAUCCCACUGAUUUCCCAGUGCACUCCGAAAGUUGAAUUUCCUCAAGACGCAUUAGAAGCUUUAACAAACAGAAUCCAGGAAGCUGGAACAGAAGUAGUGAAGGCCAAGGCUGGAGCAGGAUCUGCCACCUUGUCUAUGGCCUAUGCUGGAGCACGGUUUGCCUUCUCCUUACUGGACGCAAUGAAUGGAAAAGAAGGAGUGGUGGAGUGUUCAUUUGUGAGAUCUGAAGAAACGGAAUCUCCUUACUUCUCUACACCUCUCCUGCUUGGGAAAAAUGGAAUUGAAAAGAACUUGGGACUGGGAAAAUUGUCUCCAUUUGAAGAAAAGUUGGUAGGAGAAGCGAUGUCUGAACUGAAAGGCUCCAUUAAGAAAGGAGAGGAGUUUGCAAAGAAGAUGAACUAACAGCCACUUCCAAGCGAACAAAUCUUUAUGGAGGUAUUGGGACAAUAUUUUUGUCACAUGCACCUGCCACAGCAAGCAAAUUACCACUGACGUCUUGUGUAUGCCUGUCAGAACAUAAAUUAUGUCCUUAAUAAAAAAAAAAAAAAAAAA